AUGUUGCCCAUAUUAAUUAUUUAUCUUUGUUAUUAUGUUACCGGUAUAAGCGCAGGUAAUUUUUUAAACCUAUUUUUUGCUUCAAUUACAGAAAAAUAUCACAGAAUUUGAUAUGGAUGAAGAGUUGGCCAAAAUCAAGAAAUUGUGUCUCACUGUUGAAGAUCACUACGAAAUAGCAGGCAAACGAGUGAACGAAGCACGUGUUGUAUAUCAUUAUACAUUUUUCAACGUAGCUGUAGAUAUUAUCGGAUUGACAGAAAAUGCGAAAAGUUCUUGGAUUACAACCUCCCGGCCCUUUGGACAGAAUAUAAAUAUGUAA